GCGGGAAGACUGAGUUGUGGGUCAUUCCUCCUACACCAUUUCAAAGCUCCACCCUGUCACGUGUCCCUGCCCUCAUCACCGCCACUCGCGACGCCUCCCCGGCCGGGUCAUUCAAGAGGGGAGCGUGAAAAACUGUUGCGUAUCGCGUCAGGACAGCUUUUGUCAGCGAUGGAGAGCACGAGUGGCGGCCAUAUUGAUUUCGUUGCCAUAGUGCUUAGUGUAAACAUCCUCAGCUGGACGACGCUUCCCUGUGAGUCCCUCUUCUUGUUUUGGUCAUUUCUACAGCGCCCUAGAGCGUAGCGGUGGCUAGUGGUGGGGCGAAGGCAGCAAUGUGUCUGGACGGAGGCGGGAGUGGCGUGUAAGGAAGGCUAAACGUCCCCAGUGGCGUGCAAAUCAAACAUAAAUGGUGUGUUUAUUUUUGGGUGUGUGGGAGUAGGCCAGGCCGUUCCCCUCCGCGGCCAGCCUCACCGUGACACACUGCCUCUCGGAUCCCUCCUGCACAUCACGGCUGGCCAGCAAAGCGAGACAGCGGGAUACAGUGACAGCUCAGGAAGAAAUGGUUAUGUCAAGGAGCAUGGGGGAGCUGGCGCCUGCGAGGUCGCCACUAUUCUCCAACAGGGCCUUCAUUGUCGGCUACUCAGGCUACAUCCCGGGCCUAAUGUUCCGGUAUGGCAAGACCUUCGGGAGGGCGGCUGAGGAAAGCAUUUCUAUGUACAUCCAGCAGCAGAGUGAACGGCGCGCCAAGGAGGAGGCGAGGCGGUCCAAGUCCCUUCCUCGGCUACGGCAGAAGCGAUCAGAGACGAGAGUGAUAGAGGAUUUCUACAGCAAGUACGGCAUUGACGGACGCAGCAACCCCAACUACCCGCCCCUGCCUGGCUACACUGGCUACAUUCCCAAGAUGAAGCCCACAGACCUAGGAAUUCGGCCGCACCUUCAGCGCCGCCGCCAGGAGGGGCCUCGCGCACGUCGCCACAGCACGGGGAACACCGACAGACUCUUCAGCCGAACCUGCACGCCUCCGCCCCGCCCUCGGCAGUCCGCUACACCAAGGCGCCGUCCUAGUGAGAAGGGGCGGGCGGGUGGGAGGAUGGCAGGACCCAGGGUGACGGUUCUUAAUUCUCAGUGUGAUGCAAACUUUUCUUGUUCAUUUUGCUAUCUCUCUCUCUCUCUCUCUCUCUCUCUCUCUCUCUCUCUCUCUCUCUCUCUCUCUCUGUAAGUCUCCUCACAGGCCUGCCUCCUCUCCCAGUCCCUCCCGAGGGCCUCACGUACAAGUGUUAGUCUACCUCUCACACUAACAUCUCAGUCUGCAGUGCGUCCUCCCAACUCCAUCUCUCCAUCUCCCCCGCACUGUGACUCUCUUCCUCCACAACCCCAUCCAUCCCCAUCCCCAGCCCCUACACCUUCCUUUGACGCUCUCCCUCCACUACCACAACCUCCCCCGGCGAUAUCCAGUCUCCACGUGAUCUCUGUGAAUCAUCUGCAGGCCUCCCACCAGCUCUCAUGAAUCAUCAACAACUUUCUAUGACUUCCUUUGAUGUUUUGUAACCUUGCCAUGACGUCUUUGAUAACCCAUCCUUAACUUGAUACGUGUUUUUAAAGAUGCACAAGCUCUCGAAUCACAAAUUCCUUAAAAUCACUUGUCCUUCACUUUUUUAUCAUUGCAAGGCUUAAUCAGUACUUUUCAUUGUCAUUUCUAACCCAACAGCUUUCUAUUUCCCUCGCUCCAUUCCUCCCUCCCUCCCACACAGCACACAGUAGCUCUGACCACCACAGCAAACACAAGACACAGCAUAUCUAACACACGGUCAGAAACACUGUGGUUAGGAGGGUAGGAUUAAGAAUAUUAGAAUCUACAUUUUCUUCUCCCUUCAACACCCGCCAUCUCGCACCACUAUACGCUCGCCACUCCGGCACAUCUCGCCAAGCACGACUCGUUUUCUCCUCUUAAGCUGAACAAGGUCGUGGUGCUGCUUAGUUGGGUUAUUUAUGAUGCUAUGUAUCCUCCGUGUGUGUGUGUGUGUGUGUGUGUGUGUGUGUGUGUGUGUGUGUGUGUGUGUGAUAUAGUUUACAAGAGCAUUACAUACAUGUGUGAUAUAUAUAUAGUUUACAAGAUUACAAGAGCAUUACAUACAUCAUAAUCUCACAAAUCGACCCGCAUUUCCGACCCGUACGAAAUUUAACAGAAAACGCAAUUAAGCGCGUCUUCACUCACGAAAACACGCAGUGAAAGUUGAUCUCUAAAGGGAAUUUGCCACCACCGCCACGCUAAUAAUAAUAAUAAUAACAAUAAUAAUAAUAAUAAUAAUAAUAAUAAUAAUAAUAAUAAUAAUAAUAAUAAUAAUAACAACAAUAAUAAUAAUAAUAAUAAUAAUAAUAAUAAUACACUUUGCUUCAAGUGCUUCCUAAUUGCAUCCUGCCGAAUGUGCAACGCGCGCCAGUAAUGUCUCUAGAUCCUACAGUAAGUAGUACACAGUUCGGCCAGCCAUUACCUGUAUCAUUGCUUCUUACUCCACAUCGGCGGCUCAAGACUUAACAGAGCGAGUCGACGUGAAAAGUUAAGAACAGGCAACUAUUAGUGUGUGUGUGUGUGUGUGUGUGUGUGUGUGUGUGUGUGUGUGUGUGUGUGUGUGUGUGUGUGUGUGUGUGUGUGUGUGUGUGUGUGUGUGUGUGUGUGUGUGUGUGUGUGUGUGUGUGUGUGUGUGUGUGUGUGUGUGUGUUAUGCGAUAAGAACAGAUUACUACUACAUCUAAAUUGUUAUUGCUCUUGUUGUUAUUAAUGAUAAUGAGGAUUAUAAUAAUAAUAAUAAUAAUAAUAAUAAUAAUAAUAAUAAUAAUAAUAAUAAUAAUAAUAGCACGCUUCUGUCGCGCCUCCGCUUCGCCGGUACAGUGUUCAUCAACCAGUCAAUUAUUCUACUUCUUGUCUUUAUUCAGGUGAUACACAGUGCCUUCCCCUCCCUCUCUCAAUUCCCUUCAUCCCCUCAAACCUUUCCUUACCCUUUAGCGUCCCUUCUCCCUCCUUCCCUUUCUCCUCACAGCAUGGGCAAGACAAUCUCUCCUUUCUACUGUACCAUCAUCUCCUUCAUCCUCUUGUCUUUCUAUUUGUGUAGGGUUCCCUCCCUCCACACCCCUUCCAUUCAGCCUGGCAAUGUUCCCCUUCCCAAUAACAUCACGGCCCAUGCAUCCUCUUCCUUUUGCUGUACCCUCAUCCUCUUCCUCUCUUUACGUCUUUCAUUAUGCCUUUCUUUCCCCUACAGUCUCCUUCCCCUCAAACUGUCCCCCUUCUCCCCCUUCCCUUCACAGUAUGAGAUAGACUCCUUCUCCCUUCUAGACACUUUCUCUCUCAAUCUUUAUGUGUUCUUUCUCCCCAUUCCCUUCACAUCACGUACCCAACACCCCUUCCCCUCAUAGUGAACACUCUGCUCCCCUCAUCCCUCGCUUCAUUUUUCUCUCUUCCCCGUGUGGCUUCCCCGAUCGCUGUCUUCUUCCCCCUCUCUGGUCUUUCGUCACAGCCACACCAGCCACCAGUAUCCGCGCCAAAAAAGCCACUCCCUCCAUGACUGCAAGGCUGCCACGCACGCAAGCCUUCCCUCAGCCGCUAACCACAUUCCGUCACGCAACGCAGCUUGUCCUAAAGGUGUGUGGCGGAGUGACUGAGAAAGAGUUACACUGCGUUCGCAAGACAGUAAUAAGAUUAAAACAAAGACAUUAAGAUGAUGAAAAAUAAAAGGUAAAUAAAAAGCGGGGAAGAGCUCAUCGGUUAAUGCGAAUGAGAGAACUUUUAAAUUACGAUGGACAAAGUGGAAUAAAGAAUAAGUAAUUUAGCCAUAGCAUGAUUUUCAAAUUUAAAUGACAUUGACGUUUGCUCUAAAUCCGAGAAAUAAAAGUAAUUAGAUAAAGUGAAGGAAUGAGGGCAUGACAUACACAAAACAAAGUGAAAGUGGAGUAACACAAUAGACUAGAGAAGACAUGACCUCUUGACACGCUCACGUUUAGCGAAAAAGGUAACUCAAUUUAAGUAACAACAAGCAAGUUAAAGUUGCCCUAGGAAGCAUUAAAAGAAUUACAUUAGCUAAAUAACGAACACUAAAAUGCAAACACAAUGUAAAUUUAAGCGAAUACGUUUCUUUUUUUUUAAUACGAAAAUUAAAAGUCUAUUUUAUAAGUAAUGUAUGUUUAUUAUGGCACUUACUAGGAAUCACUCAAUAACGUUCCUCAUCGCCAAAAAUAAUUAGAAUCUAGACAAAUAUUUUUACUUACUCGCGCCUGAUCACAUGUCCAACUCACACAUGCGUCCAAUCAGAGGAAUAACGAAUUUAGAACACAGUAAAGCAACAAAUAAGUGUCAGGUUAGUGAGCUACAUUACACUCCCUCCAUCAUCUUGAACGUCUCCCUCCCUCCCUCCCUCCCUCCCUCCCUUUCCACUCUCCCUAACAAUACCCCCUCCAUCCCCUACCACCGCCCCCCAUGCUCCCCGCCACCGCCAUGCAUUCCUUUGAUCCUUGACUUGCUGCCACCCUUCCUAGGCAGCCCCGAGCCACUUCCCUCAAGCAUAAAUCAAAGCCACUAGACUAUAGCGCCGCCCUCCCAAGCUGUCCAAGCCGCCAUCUUGAUUCUUAAGAGAUAAGAUACUUCGCGCCGUGUGUGUGUGUGUGUGUGUGUGUGUGUGUGUGUGUGUGUGUGUGUGUGUGUGUGUGUGUGUGUGUGUGUGUGUGUGUGUGUGUGUGUGUGUGUGUGUGUGUGUGUAAAACCAAAC